GGCAUGUCUUAGGAGAAAUCUCUCUAGAUUCCAUCGAGUCAAGAGAUGGUCUCACCACCAAAGUCGAUUUAACAACAUUAACAUCAUACAACCUACUUCCAAAACAGCGCAAAACAAUCGUCGUCCCGGGCUCACCUUCCAUAUGGAGGCCCCCGAAUAUACCAAGAAAGGUGAAAGUAGAUGCGGGGAGAUACCAAAUGGACCCAAAUCGACAUGUAUUCCCCAAAUGCUCUCUCGAGCCCCUCUUCAGGGCAUUAUCGCUCACACAGCCAAACAUGAAACUCAAUGAUAUCGAUCUUGUGACGGAUCGACGUAAUCUCCGUCUCUUGCUGGGUUUUGUGAGUGGCAAGAAGGGUCCAUUCCGCAUCGACGUGGAGGUCAUCAACAGCACAGUAUUAUUUUCCUGCUGGACCCCGAGAGCAAUUAAUUAUGUUAAGGGUUUCCAUGGCUAUGGGCAUGAAUUUGAAAAGGUAUCUACCCGCCAACCAAAGGCAGUCAGGGAUAGCUUGACACAUAAUCGAAUCAUUCGCUACAUGUUCGGGGAUGUUAAGAUUAUUAUGCGAUAUGAAGUCGACGGCUGCACCGGGUCUGACAGGGACAUUCACAUGGCGAUGCCUACAUCAGAGGUCCGAAAGACUCCAACAGGCUAUACAGUAAUAAAGCGUGGAAAGCUGGUGGCUCCGUCUCGGGUUAUCGAAAUUAAAACUGGAGCAAUUUGGAAAAAUCUGGAUAUCUCCAAGAACACAGAACAACUUUGGUUUUCCCAGACACCCUUGCUCUGUGCUGGUCAUUAUGACGAAGCCGGGAAUUUUACCAGCAUUACGAAAAAGAACUUCUUAAAGCUGGGAAAGCUGCAGAGGUGGGAGAACAAUCAUCAAGAACAGUUGAAUAAACUUGCAACGUUGCUUCGAGUUAUUGUUGAGUUGGCUAAAGCAACGGCUUCGAAGAAAUUCGCAUUAGUUUCGUCAGAAGGUACAUUGAAAUUAUUUGGCUUGGUGAAUCAAAAUGAUAAAGGACUGCCUCUUGACUUGCACUCUAUGUGGGAGUAGUUCGGUAGUGCCACCGACGCAUUUGACUCUUUUUGUCAGAUGGUCUUUCAGUCAAUGUUUCAAUCUAUCUGGAUUGUUGUUGUGCACUCCGUCAUGAGU